UGACUGACUUGUUUCCUCUACCAACUUCCAACAAUCUUUGACAUCUCGAGCCUCUGCUUUGACUCGACUGGGGCCACACAGUUAUCGACAAAAAAGCCGUAGAAUUGGACCACUGUUCUGGACCCACUGAGUCAGAAUCGUUGGAUAUCACAAAAGUUACCCUUUCAAAGCUUUUAUCCUGGUUCUAAAGCUCACUUGAAAUCAUGGGAGCGGAUCAGUCAUUACCAAUGGAGUUGGUCCACAAAUUUGAGCCCGACGAGAUCAAGAGGCUGAGCAGAAGCUUCAAGAAAUUGGACGUGAAUCAAAAUGGCUCUCUGUCGGUGGAGGAGUUCAUGAGCAUCCCUGAGCUGCAACAGAACCCUCUAGUGCGAAGAGUGAUUGACAUUCUGGACACUGACAGGAACGGAGAGGUAGACUUCCAAGAGUUCAUAGAGGGUGUCUCACAGUUCAGUGUGGAGGGAGACAGGGACAAGAAGCUCAAGUUUGCUUUCCGUAUCUACGACAUUGACCAGGACGGGUUCAUCAGUAACGGUGAACUGUUCCAAGUGCUCAAGACGAUGGUAGGAAACAACUUAACAGAGAAGCAGCUCCAAGAAAUAGUCGAUAAGACCAUCCUCUACUCCGACAAAGAUGGCGAUGGCAAAAUCUCAUACGAGGAAUUCUGUGAUGUUGUGGGCACGAUGGAUGUCCCGUCUAAAAUGGUACUGGAUUUCAAGCAAGGCAGCGACUGACGAACAUAAACUAUAUUUCACGUUCACCUCGAUUGUUAGAUAUAGUCACAGUUUUUAUGAUGUGCAUUUCUCACCAUAUAAAAUAUAUCAA